AUGGUUUUUUGUUUGUGUUGCCCCCAAUGCAACACACUUCCCCUAUGUGCUCCUCAACCUCUAUGCCCACCACCUCCACUCUGCUUGCCGACAUUGCCGCCGCUUCCCACUCUACCUCCACCGCCACCACCACCGAGCUGCUGCAAUCCUUGCGGAGGCGCCUGCAGGAAGCGUCGUCUGGCGCGCUCCGUAGAUUAUGAGGAUAUCGGCCUUCCGGUUGAUGCCACGAACUCCGAAAUCACGCCACGCCGCGAGCGUGAACUGCCCGAUGACGUGGUUCACGUCGAUGCAAAGUGCAACAGCCCGGCCUUGCGUGAGAUUAUUAUUAAUAACGUGGACCGCGUCACUUCGGUGGCAAAGAAGCGCAUCCAGGAGGCGGCGGAGGCUGAGCUUCAGGCUCGUUUCAAUGUAAUAUGUGCCCGGGGCGAUCUGUCCUACAUCACCAACACCGAGCUCUAUUGCCAGCAGACGGUUGGCGAUAUCACAUGUUUCGUCUUUAAGCAACUCAGCGAUGUGCUCCGCCGACGGCUA